UAGCCCGCCGGUCCUUCCGGUAAGGGAAAAAAAGAGGAAGACAUCUUUUCUUUUGAGGAAGAGACCUCUGAAGUAAAUAUCGUCAGUGGUGAAGGCACAAGAGCUGGCAGCGACGAAGAGGAGCUUGGAACAUGUCUAUCAGACUCCUUUCUCAACGAAAUAUUAAGUCUAGCGAUUGCUGAUAGGAUUUACCGAUCCAACUUGCCUAAGUCUCCACCAGCUCUAAAGAAGCCGAGAUUACAAGUUUUAUCAACCUAUCCUAACAGGAUGACUGUUGAACUUCUAGAUGUGGCUUCUGAGAAGGAAGAAGAAGAAGAAUGGUCUUCCCUUAUACACCACACAAGAUCACGAAAUGUAGCUCAGGCUACUGCAUGGGUCGAGUCGCGGACCAAGCUCAGGAACGAGAGAUCUGACGCUUCUAAAGAGGUUCAAUCUGUGAAGUGGAAGAAGGUAGCACACAAGUCAUAUGUCAAUCCGCACGCUUUUGGGUCAAAACCAGUUAGUGACGUACCUCUCGGGAGAGGAGAUCACGAGGGAAGUGAAAUGUCGUACAAUCCUCCCUCUCCCGGUCUUGCCUUUUUUGAGGAACCUGGAUCCUCAGAACAAAUGCAUGAGGACACGACCAAGGAGCCUGCAAGCAUAAAAACGGGUGCAGCUGUUGGUAUUAGCAAAGGUGCCGGUGCUAGACCUGAUACAAUCACAAGGAUUCCAAGCUCAGAAAAAUUGCAAGGCGUGGGCAUGAGUGCUGGGGCUGCGAAAUCUGGUGCAGCUUCUGGAGGUAUUUUGAUGGAGGGUUCAAAUGAAGAAGAAUCUUUUUGUGAUGCGGCUCUCAGAGAGUCGGAUGCACCCUCAUUUGACCUGACACCAGCCUCUUUAGGUUCUAAUGACGGGCUGUUCGAUGAUAUGUUAUCAAAACAAGUUCAUCGCGAGGCUGUUGAACCAACUAUUGUAGAUGGUUCACCUGUAGGGACUAUUAUCGAGACUCGGUCAUUAGUUCCUCAAACUCUGCUCGUCAUCCCUAAAGACCAACGACUAUAGCAACUGUCAUAACUGUGGGUGCCAGUCUUACUGAACAAGCCGUGAGACCAACUGAAGAAGUUGGUGCAUCAACGGUUGUUACCCCUGUAGUAAUUCCACCGGUUCAUGAGGUUGGACAUACGGAACCAAGUGUGGGGCAUUCGACUGAGGAAAGCUUUGCCGGCAUUGGGCUCUCAUCCCAGCUUCAUGAUCUCAUUAAGGCACUGCUGUCGGAUGAUGACUCAGAUCAAACCAUUCUUUGCAUGGAAGUCAGCCACUUCUUCUCUUUUUGUGAGCACGAUGAUCGACAAACUUCUCCAAAAGAGGCUUUCUUUCAAUCAAUUCAGGUCAUUUCUCAAGCUAAAAAUGGUCUCGAUAAAGAAUGCAAGCUCCCCAAAUCUGGCGAAGGCUAUUGCUGAUGACUUGGACCGUCUGGAAUGUGAAUUUCAAAAUCUAAAGGAGUUUCAAACUGUAGGUGCUCUUGCUUACAUAGCUGCUGAGAUGGAAUCUCGAUUACAAAUGUGGCACGAUACCCGAGUAUCUACUGGGCUCGAGGUUCAAACACAACGAGGUCGGGUAGAUCGGAUGAGGACAGCCCUUACUGAGAAGUUGGUGGCUCUAUGCGAUCUUGAUUCCUCUCUUACAUUAAGUGAUGCCAAGAUAGCGUGGCUUAAACAGGAGCUUCACGUAGAGGAGGAGGCUCAAACCAUCUUGGAAUUAGCAAGGGCUGAUGAUGAGCAUGCUCGAGUCGUGAUAUCCAAAAAGUUGGAACUCUCGGAAUAGAAACUAGCCAAGAUGGAUGAAGAGGCCAAGAAAACACUAGUCGACACUAAGGAAUCCUUCAAGGUUGAAUUGCAGAAUGAGCUUGAGCGAGCUUAUGUAGAGGAGUUAUCUAAAUUAGAGCAACAAGUCCUUAGCCAUAAGCUUCGUGUAGAAUGGCUGCAAUUGUUGU